AAAGAGCCCGCCUCCUGGCCCAUAAGGCCCUGGGUCGGAAAUCUUGCCCUCUCUUCCUGUUUCCCGUCAUGGCGCAGGAUCAAGGUGAGAAGGAGAACCCCAUGCGGGAACUGCGCAUCCGCAAGCUCUGCCUCAACAUCUGCGUCGGGGAGAGCGGAGACAGGCUGACCCGGGCAGCCAAGGUGCUGGAGCAGCUCACCGGCCAGACCCCGGUGUUCUCCAAAGCUAGAUACACAGUCAGAUCCUUCGGCAUCAGGAGGAAUGAAAAGAUCGCCGUCCACUGCACCGUCCGUGGGGCCAAAGCAGAAGAAAUCCUGGAGAAAGGUCUAAAGGUGCGAGAGUACGAGUUAAGAAAAAAUAACUUCUCAGAUACUGGAAACUUUGGCUUUGGGAUCCAAGAACACAUCGAUCUGGGGAUCAAGUACGACCCGAGCAUCGGAAUCUACGGCCUGGACUUCUAUGUGGUGCUGGGUAGGCCAGGUUUCAGCAUCGCAGACAAGAAGCGCAGGACAGGCUGCAUUGGGGCCAAACACAGAAUCAGCAAAGAGGAGGCCAUGCGCUGGUUCCAGCAGAAGGUAAAGCUUGACCUGUCUCAGGUGGAGUGGCGGAAGGUGGUGUUGGUGAAUGAAGUUGGGAUGCGGGGAUGCAAAGCCUGGUGGGCAGCUCUUUUAAAGGUAGAACAUUUGGGCAGCUUGGCAAAUGGGCUUCCAGGGUUUGUGGUUUAAAAGAACCCAGAACCAGGCUUCUCCCCAGCCCCGUGAAUGCAGAUAACUGGAAGGGGAGGAAUAUGACUUUUAAUAGGAACCCCUUUUUCUCGGGGUCCAGUGCAGUUGAGCAUAGUGGAGCGAUUGUUAAAACUGGCCAGCUUCCUGUUUAGGGAUAUGGGAUUCCGAGCCAAAAUUCAUGUAUCUGCUUUGAAUUCUCAAACGUUAGCCAUUGCUGCAGUCAUUACUGUUACCUCCUGUUCUGAAAAAAUAAAUCUCUUCUCUUUCA